AAGUUACACUUUUGUUCAAAGACAGCAUGGAGCGAAUGUGCUGCACCAAUCAUAUCAUCCGACCGCUGCGUAGCCGCCGACAGGCUUAAUAAUGUUGCGUCUAUUGCAAUCGACUUAGGUUUAUGCUGCCAAUUCUUUAGUGAUGAUACAUGUAAUACGGUAUAUAAAGAUGUAGAAGGAGAAGGGCAAUGGUACCCCGGCCUAAAGGAGGUAUCUGGUACUUUCAAAGAGCAAGUGGGCAGUUACAUGUGCAGAAAUGGGACUACUACAUCGGUUUGCCCCGGGGAAGGUGCUGGAAAUUUAGUGGCUUCUAAGAAUGUGGUUACUCCCACUGCUGAUUAG